AUGAGUUAUAGUUCAGCUUCAUUUAGAAAACUUAAUAAUGUUGGGAUAUCUCAACCAUCACAAACAACAACAACAACAACCUCGGCGAAUCAACCUCAACUGCAACUGCAACAACAGCCUUUACAACAACUGCAACAACAGCAUUUACAUAUGAAACCAAAUCCUCAUAUUCCACAUCAUCAAUUACCAGGAACUGUUGGCACUAGAACUUCGAUCCCUCAACCAGCAUUAAUGGCACUGAAUUCAAUUUUGACUUUGGGUCCAUUUAAACAUCGUAAAGAUUUGACACGAGAGUCAGUUUUAUCAACCUAUCAAAUUAUGGGAUAUAUUGCUGCUGGUACUUAUGGGAAAGUCUAUAAGGCUAAAUUGAAAAGUAAUAAACUUAAUAAAACUGACGAUGAUAGUGGUAUUGAUGGCAUUAAUAAUAAAGAUAUUUUUUCAGAAUCAAUGAAUGAUCUUCAUCAUGAUAAUAGUUCCAGUAUCAUGAUCAACACCACUACUAACAUCACUAUCAAUAAUAGUCUUCCGCAAUUUUUUGCUAUAAAAAAAUUCAAAAGUGACAAUCAUCAUCAUCAUAUAAAUAACAACAAUAAUGGAGGAAAUCAUUUAUCCAAGGGGAACAAUAGUAUUCAUCAAGAUGAAGUUUUGCAUUAUACGGGGAUUUCACAAUCUGCUAUUAGAGAAAUGUCAUUAUGUCGAGAAUUAAACAAUAAAAAUAUCACUAAAUUAGUUGAUAUUAUACUAGAAAAUAAAUCCAUUUAUAUGGUUUUUGAGUUUUGUGAACAUGAUUUAUUACAAAUUAUUCAUUAUCAACUGCAUCCUGAUUUUAAACCAAUUCCAUGUCCUACCAUCAAAUCAUUAAUUUGGCAAAUUUUAAAUGGAGUGACAUUUUUACAUAAAAAUUGGAUACUUCAUAGAGAUUUAAAACCAGCUAAUAUAAUGGUAUCAUCACAAGGAGUUGUUAAAAUUGGAGAUUUGGGAUUAGCAAGAAAAUUCAAAAGUCCAUUACAAAGUUUAUAUACUGGUGAUAAAGUUGUGGUUACUAUAUGGUAUCGAGCUCCAGAAUUAUUAUUGGGCACAAGACAUUAUACCCCAGCAGUUGAUUUAUGGGCGGUUGGAUGUAUAUUAGCGGAAUUAUUAUCUCUACGACCAAUUUUCAAAGGUGAAGAAGCGAAAAUCGAUUUAAAUAAUAAGAAAUCGGUUCCAUUUCAAAAAAAUCAAUUACAAAAAAUUAUAGAAAUCUUGGGGACACCAACAACUGAUAUUUGGAAUAAUUUGAAUAAAUAUCCAGAAUAUUUAUCAUUUACUCAACAUUUUAAUCAAAAUUAUCCUAAUAAUUUAUCUAAUUGGUUUAAAUUGAUUAAUGGUGGUAACAAUCAAAAUUCAGAAAAAUGUCUUGAAUUAUUAUCAGGAUUAUUAAAAUAUGAUCCUGAAUUGAGAUUAACUGCAGAUCAAGCGUUAUUACAUCCAUAUUUUUUGGAACUACCUAAAGUCAAUGAAAAUGCUUUUGAAGGUUUGAAUUAUAAAUAUCCAAACAGAAAGAUUUAUACUGAUGACAAUGAUAUAAUGACCACUGCAGCAAAUAACAACAACAAUAAUAAUAAUAAUAACAACAAUAACAAUAACAACAAUAACAACAAUAACAACAAUAACAACAACAAUAGUGGCCAUCAAUUGCUGCAACAACAAAAUGUUCAAAUCCAACAAGUUCAUCAAAUGCAACAACAAAUACAUCUGCAACAAUUACAACUGCAUGGUGCAAACAGUACAUAUAAGCGAAGUGGUAUUGAUGAUUUACCUGGUGGAAUUAGAAAGAAACGUGGGUAG